AUGGGGUCCAAGACUGUCGGCCUAUGGAUAUUUUACAUGGUGCUUUCACUUUCAAGUGCCUAUGAAGUACAGACAGGCCUUUUGCAAAAUCACAUUAAUACUAUAUGCAGUACAUGGGGGUACUAUCAUUAUAAGACCUUUGACAAUGAAAUCUACCAGUUCCAAGGUGACUGUACCUACAAUUUGGUCUCAGACUGUCAAGAAUCCUAUCAAGAGUUCUCUGUAUACCUCAAACGGUCAUUAGUCAAAGGGCAUCCUCGUAUUGACAAAAUUGUCAUCAGCAUCAAGGAUAUGAUAAUUAUACUGAUGGAAAGAAAAGUGAUUGUAAAUGAUAUAACUGUCAAGGUACCUUACUAUAAUUUUGGAAUUCUCAUUUACCAUAAUGCAGCCUAUACAAUUGUGCAGAGCAAAGUGGGUCUAAACAUCUUUUUUAACCAAGAAGAUGCUAUUAUGAUUGAGCUAGACCCAAGGUAUAAAAACAAGACAUGUGGUUUAUGUGGAGAUUAUAAUGGAGUUUCCAGAUAUCAUCAAUAUAUGAUUCUAAAAGAUAUAACAUUGUAUCCUAUCGAAUUUGGCAAUUUGCCAGUAAUACAAAACACAGAUGAGGAAUGUUGGAGUGAAGAGCCACAAAUCACAUCCCACUGUUCUCAGUAUAUUCCAGUAUGUAGGCAGUACCUGACCAAACCUGCAUUUUCCAACUGCAGCAACACCAUCCUGAAUUUAGAAUCUUAUAUCCAAGCCUGCGUGCUGGACAUGUGCUCCUGUGGCCAAUACCAGGACUCCUUCUGUCUCUGCAGCACAAUCACAGAGUAUUCCAAACAAUGUUCUCAUUCUGGGGGGCAUCCUAAUAACUGGAGAACUGCCAAUUUUUGUCACAGGACAUGUCCUGAGAACAUGGUUUAUAAAGAAAGUGGCUCCAUGUGCAUAAACUCCUGCUCUCACCUGGAGAUUCAAACUCCUUGUGAGGAACAUUAUAUGGAUGGCUGUUUUUGUCCUAAAGGCACUGUACAAGAUGAUCAUAACUGGAGGGGCUGUGUGCCAGUGAAUAAAUGCUAUUGCAAAUAUGGAGGAUCACUGUAUUCCCCAGGGCAAAUAAUGGAAAAUGACUGUGAAAAAUGUACAUGUAUAUCAGGAAGAUGGAACUGCACAGAGGCACCAUGUCCUGGAGUUUGUGCUGUUGAGGGUGGUGCUUAUUUUACUACAUUUGAUGGGAAAAAGUACACAUUUCACGGAAACUGCUACUAUGUGCUAUCCCAGGCAAGAUUUAUUUGCAGUUAUGUUAUCUUAGGAGAGCUGACUCCUUGCAGUGCAAAUGAAAGGGACACCUGUCUUAAAAGUAUUAAAUUCCUUACUGACCACAAGCUGACUGUUGUGACAAUUAAAUCAGAUGGAAGAGUGCUGCUGAACGACUUGAUAAUAACCUUACCCCAUGUUGCAGCAAGCUUUACAAUUAAGCAACUUUCUCAUACGGCUAUAAUAUUGGAAACAACUAUUUAUGAUAAUAAUAUGGAGAUCCGGGUCCAGCUAGUGCCUAUGAUGCAGUUGUAUAUCACUGUUGGACUUUCGGCCAUGGGACAACUAAAAGGGCUUUGUGGAAACUUUAACUACAAAGAAACAGAUGACUUCCAAACAUCUGGAGGUCUUGUAGAAGCAACAGCAUCAGCCUUUGCCAACACCUGGAAGGCUCAGCCAGGCUGCCAAGACAAAAUUGACUGGCUGGAUGAUCCAUGUCACAUUAACACGGAAAGAUAUAAAUAUGCUGAUUAUUGGUGUUCAUUACUGGAAAAAGCCAACUCUCCCUUUUCCAACUGUCAUCCCAUUGUAGACCCAUCAGAAUAUGCAAAGAGGUGCCGUUACCAUACUUGUAACUGUAAGAAGAGUGAGAUCUGUAUGUGCGCAGCUUUGUCCUCUUAUGUCACGGCUUGUGCAAUAAAAGGAAUUAUUUUAAGGGACUGGCGAAAAGGCAUCUGUGAUAAGUACAGUACUGCUUGCACACCAUCCCAGAUCUACCUCUACAGCCUUUCAACAUGCCCUCUAACCUGCCAUUCACUGACAGACGGAGAGAAAGUAUGUGUUCCAAAAUCCCUUCCUAUUGAUGGCUGCGGUUGCAAAGCUGGAGAGUACCUGAAUGAGAAUGACCAAUGUGUACACAUAUCUCAAUGCUCGUGUUACUACAGUGGCACUUACAUUAAGCCCCUUGAAAUUAUCUACAAACAAAAUGAACCAUUUGCCAUGAUGGAAAGCUUGAUUGCAACAGCCACUUUGAAAAAAUUCCAAGACGAGUGUAUCUCAGGGUGUGUAUGCCCCGAAGGGCUUUUAGAUGAUGGAAAAGGUAGAUGUGUUGCAGAAGACAAAUGUCCCUGUGUUCAUAACAAACAGUUUAUACAACAUGGAUCUCAGAUCAAGGUGGAAUGCAAUACAUGUUUAUGCAAGAAAGGCCAGUGGAUCUGCACUGAGUUUGCAUGCUAUGGAACCUGUACAGCCUACGCAAAUGGUCAUUAUAUCACCUUUGAUGGAAAGCUAUAUGAUUUUAAUGGAAACUGUGAAUACGUAGUUGCCCAGGACUACUGUGGAGAAGACCCAAACAAUGGCAGCUUUAGUGUCACCACAGAGACCAUCCCUUGUGGAUCAAGUGGAAUUGCAUGUUCAAAAUCAAUAAGGAUUUUUAUAGGGAGAACAGAACUCAAACUGGAAGAUAAACACAUGCAGGUAGUUCAGGGGUCAGUCGAAGCUGAUCUCGAUUAUAUGGCUCAUGAGGAUGGCAAUUAUCUGGUCAUCCUUAUAAGAAAUGGUGUGUAUCUGAUUUGGGACAAGAAAACUACCGUAUUCGUCAGAGUGUCACCAGAAUUCAAGGGAAAACUUUGUGGUCUAUGUGGAAACUUCGAUGAUAAAUCCAGUAAUGACUUUACAAUAAACAACAUGUUUCAAGUUGCAAAUUCACUAGAAUUCGGAAAUAGCUGGAAGGUGAAUCCUACCUGCCCUGAUAUACAUAAUAAGACCGACCCUUGCAAGCUGACACCUCACCGGAGAUCUUGGGCAGAGAAACAGUGCAGCCUAAUAAAAAGUGAUGUCUUCAAAAUCUGUCACACCAAGGUGGAUCCAACACCAUUUUUUGAUGCUUGUGUUAAUGAUGCCUGCUUCUGUGAAAUUGAUGGUGACUGCGACUGCUUCUGUACAGCGGUUUCUGUGUAUGCUCAAGAGUGUACUAAGGCAGAAGCCUGUGUCUACUGGAGAACACCAGACAUAUGUCCAAUAUUCUGUGAUUACUACAAUCCCACAGAUGAGUGCGAAUGGCACUAUUACCCAUGUGGCAAUCAUACUGUAACGACAUGCAUGUCUAUCAACAAUGUUAAUACUAAUGUAACAUUUAAUUACUUGGAAGGUUGCUACCCAUCAUGUCCUGCUAAAAAACCUUAUUUUGAUGAAGUACUGAAAAUAUGUGUUAACACAUGUGGAUGCUAUUUCAACAACACUCGGUAUGAGUAUGGGGAAAAGGUGCCUUCCUAUAAACCAUCAACUACAACUUUACCAGACACAACACCUGAACCAAGUCCAACAACAUCGUAUUAUUGUGUAUGUCGGUGGACAGACUGGAUCAGUUUAUAUAAUGUCACCAGCGGGGUGGAUGGGGGAGAUUUUGAGGAAUUUUAUAAAGGAAUGGGUGGGAAUGGAUACUGCACAGGAGAUGAGGACGCAGUGAACAUAUCAUGCAGAGCAGAGGCUUAUCCUUCUAUCCCACUGGAACUUCUGGGACAGGAAGUUACAUGUGAUAUCAUCACUGGACUUAUUUGCAGAAACAGUGACCAGACAUAUGGACAGCAAUGCUUUGACUAUGAAAUCAAUGUCCAGUGCUGCAGUAUAAACUGCCCAACAACUCCAAAGACCACACCUGAACCAAGUCCAACAACCACACAUUAUUGCGUAUGUCGGUGGACAGACUGGACCAGUUUAUAUAAUGUCACCAGCGGGGUGGACGGGGGAGAUUUUGAGGAAUUUUAUAAAGGAAUGGGUGGGAAUGGUUACUGCACAGGAGAUGAGGACGCAGUGAACAUAUCAUGCAGAGCAGAGGCUUAUCCUUCUAUCCCACUGGACCUUCUGGGACAGAAAGUUACAUGUGAUAUCAUCACUGGACUUAUUUGCAGAAACAGUGACCAGACAUAUGGACAGCAAUGCCUUGACUAUGAAAUCAAUGUCCAGUGCUGCAGUAUAAACUGCCCAACAACUCAAACAACAACAACAACUACAACACCAACAACAACUACAGUACAGCCAUCUACUACAGUAACAUGUACUAUGCCUUUAAUGACAACAAUGCCUGCAGUAUCUUUAUCCACAGAAUGCUACUGCAUGAUUGGAGGAGAGCCCUAUAAACCAGGAACACAAAAAAGAUUUUAUAGCGGUGAUUCCUGCUCUGACUACAUAUGUACUAUGGAUUGCCAAGUGCUCAUUGCAGAUUAUUUUUAUAGUUGCCCUUCAUCCCCUAAAACCUCUGCACCUACAACCUCUUCUCUUUCUACAAAAGAGUUAUCUGUCACUACAAAAGAAUUGUUAACAGGAACAAAUCCCCCUCAGACUACAUCUGGUAUCUGUACUCUAAACCCUCCACGCCAGCAUAAUGAAACAUGGAUGUUGUGUGACUGCAUGAUGGCCAGAUGUAUAGAAAACAACUUGGUAGAAAUUACUCCCAAACUUUGUGACCCCCGAACUGAUAUCACAUGCACCAAUGAACUUCCCCCAUUAAAUGUGUCUGAUUCAGAUGGCUGCUGUUGGCACUGGGAAUGUCCUUGUGAGUGUAAAGGCUUUGGUGACCCUCACUAUGUAACGUUUGAUGGAACUUACUAUGACUUCCAAGGUGAAUGCACCUAUGUUUUAGUAGAAGAGAUCAAAAAGGAAAUAGAAAACUUUGGUGUCUAUGUAGACAACUACAACUGUGGAGACUAUGUUGCUUGUUCACGUAACCUCAUCAUCCAUUAUAAAUCAGAGAAAAUUGAGAUUGGGCCAGAAAGCUUGGUGUCUUCCUCUUUACAGGUGAUGGUUAACAAAGAUAUUGUGGGGAUUCCCUAUAAGAAAAAUGAGGUGGAAAUUUCCAGAUUUGGCAGAGGUUAUGUAGUAGAAAUAACUACACUGAAUGUCAAAAUAAAAUUUGAGGAUGAGAGUUUUAUAAUAAGUCUACCUUAUGGGCACUUUGGAAACAACACACAGGGACUGUGUGGUAUUUGUAGCAACAAUAAAAGUGAUGACUGCAUGUUGAGAAAUGGUACAGUCAUAGAUGACUGUUCACUCAUGGCUGCCUCUUGGCUUGUUCCUAAUACAAAUAAGCCUCAAUGCCCUAGUACAAAAACAACAACAACAUCAUAUACACCUGUGACCCCAUGCAUUCCUUCAUCACUGUGUGAACUCAUCACUGGACCAACAUUCCAGGAGUGCAAUUUUGUAUUAACACCAGACAUUUAUUACCAAGCCUGCAUAUUUGACAGCUGCUAUGUGCCAGACUCUAAUAUUGAAUGUAAAACGAUACAGUUAUAUGCUUCACUGUGUCUGGAUCAGGGUAUUUGCAUUGACUGGAGGAGCAAAGCACCAGCUUGUAAUAUCUCAUGUCCUCCAGAGAAAGUCUAUCUUCCUUGUGGCCCAUCUGUAACACCAACCUGUCAAACUACGCCAGAAAAAGAAGCUCUAAUUAAAAAUGAAAAUGUUUUGUCAGAAGGAUGCUUCUGUCCUAAUGGUACAAAGCCCUUUAGCCCAACUAUUGAUGUCUGCGUUGCAGACUGUGGAUGUAUUGGGCCAGACAACAUACCCAGACAGUUUGGAGAGAUAUUUGAAUAUAACUGUGAAGAGUGCGUCUGUCGGGAAGGUGGCGUUGGAAUUUUUUGCACGAAAAUGACAUGUCCUAUGAUGAUAGUUGAAGUCUGUGAUCUGGAGGGAUUUUAUCCAGUUACACAAGCUAGACCUGACAAUCCCUGCUGUGAAGAGACCAUUUGCAUGUGUAACACUAGCAGAUGCGCAAACACAUUACCUAAAUGUGAUCUUGGAUAUGAAGUCGCAGGUGGAUAUGCUACUGGACAUUGUUGUCCUGUUUAUAAAUGCGUUCCUAAAAAGGUGUGCGUAUAUAGAAAUGCUGAGUACCUGGGUUUUGAAUUGAAGCAAAAACCAGGACAGUGUUGUGGAGUAUGUGAACAGACCCGCUGCGUUGUGAUAAAUGAAGAUACUGUCAACCUCUUAAAACCGGAAGAAAUUCUGCCCUUGAAAAAUGAUAACUGCACAGUAUACAAAUGCAUUAAGGAAGAUAAUCGAUUAAUCCACUUGGUCUACAAAAUUACUUGCCCACUCUUUUUUGAAGAAGACUGUGAACCUGGAACUAUUCAUCUUGACCAAAGUGGUUGCUGUAAACUAUGUAUUCCACAAGAGCACUCUUGCAAGUUACAAAGAUACAAAGACUAUUUAAGUUACGAUAACUGUCGAUCACCUGAGAAAAUUGAGCUGUCUCGUUGUACAGGGGCUUGUGAAGCUUAUUCUAUGUAUUCACCUCUUUCCAGAAACAUUGCACAUAAAUGUAGCUGCUGCAAAGAACUGAAGACGACCAAGAAAUUCGUAUACCUUGAUUGUCCUGAUGGGAAUAGUGUUAAAUUUCGAUAUGUUGAUGUUGAUGAAUGCAACUGUGUGGAAACCAAAUGUGAUCAACUUAAAUAA